CCCAUUCGUGGUAAGCGGCUCAGAUUUCCAGUUAAACGUUCAUGUCAAGAUAUGAAGAGAUUUAUGACUCAAUAAUAUUUAUAUGGAUAGAGAUUAAAGUAAACUUACUAUUGCAGUAUAUUGUGUAAUCGUGCAUACUGCAUAACUUUGAAGUGUCGUGUGCAGUUAAUCCUAUGAUAGAAACACUUGUUAUUGUGUCAUAUUUUUACAGCUAACCAUUAUGUUUAAAUAUGAAUUGAAACUAUUGUAUUGUACAGUAUUGUAAAUUGUACAAUUGUGUGCUUCCAGUUAGUCUGUCUAUUGAGCCUACCUGUUUAUUCACAAUGUUUACGCCAACACAACAUAAGUGUUUUUCAGUUUUAGACAAAAGUGAAAUAUCAUGGCGCAAUAGAUAAUUCGUUUUUAUGUAGUUUUAGAUUCAUGGCAACGGGAAAAAGCAGGUAUCCUUUACGAUGCUAUCUAAUCCAUGGAACACCGACACAGUAUUACGUUUUCUGUACGGAUUUAUUUACAGGGGCACCGGAGUCAAGGGAAAUGCUGUAGUUAAUUGUUAACUGAGAAGCAUUGUAGAGAAGGUGGCUUUGGCGUUGUGUUUAUCAGUGUCAAUAACAUGAUUGCCAUCAUAUCAGUUAAAUUGUUGACGCCGAGCGACAACGCUGGCAGCACCAUAGAUGUUAGAAAACUAAAUUACAGUGCAAAAAAAAAAAAAAAAAAUUGUGAUACACUGUAACAAACACAACACACGCGCUUUGUCAAUAAUCUUUUUUCGGUACGGGGGCUCCAACUUUGCAAUAGACAUCAGCGGGGCCGCCGCGAUAUACAUGUAUUUUGUUACGUGACUCAAAAAACUCGUUCUUAAGUUAUAUGUGCGGAAAUGCGGCAUAAUUUAUACAUGACCAUGCAUCUAUUGACAGAAUUCCAUUAUGCCUACAAAGUUUGGUACAUUUAAGUUUCGUAUAACAAAUAGAUGCAGAUACAGUAGGUGCUGUAGAAACUGUCAAACUUUAUCACAUGUGGAUUCGAGUUGUUGUUCUCAGAUAGCAGUAUGGCAACAAGGAAGUUAAUGCGGGCUGUGGUGGUGUCCGGGUUUGGUGGUCCGUCAGUACUACAGUUCCAAUCAGACAUUCCUGUGCCCAAUCCAGGCGUCACACAGGUUCUGAUCCGUGACCAUGCCUGUGGAGUGAAUCCAGUUGAAACCCAUAUCCGCUCAGGUGCCUAUGCUGGGAAGUCAAAUUUGCCAUAUACCCCAGGUACAGAUGUGGCAGGAGAGGUGGAGGCAGUAGGAAAGCAUGUUAAAAGCUUCAAGGCAGGUGACUGGGUCUUUACAAGUGGCACAGUUACUGGUGGCUAUGCAGAACACACAGUUGCUUCAGAGGAAUAUGUUCACCCACUGCCUGACAAUCUGAAUUACAAGCAAGGUGCUGCCAUUGGAAUCCCAUACUUCACUGCAUACCGGGCGCUCUUCCAUAAGGCUCAUUUCAAAGCAGGGGAGCGAGUGCUUAUUCACGAGGCGAGCAGUGGGGUUGGGGUGGCAGCAUGUCAGAUAGCCCGGGCCUUUGGAAUGAAAUUGCUGGGUAUAGCAGGGACAUGUGAAGGGCUCAAUCUAGCACUGAAGAAUGGAGCUCAUCAGGAAGCUACCUGCGGACAGGGGGUGAAUGUGAUUGUUGAAAUGCUGUCUAAUAUGAACCUUAAUGCUGAUUUACAGCUGCUGUCAUUUGGAGGCAGGGUGAUUACUGUGGGCUGUCGAGGACCUAUUGAAAUAAACCCAAGGGACACAAUGGCUAAGGAAACUAGCAUCAUUGGCAUGUCUCUGUUCAGUGCAACAAAAGAGGAAAGAGCAGCGUCAUCUGCUUUGUUGUUUGCAGGAAUGAAAGCUGGAUUGUUAUCUCCAGUAAUUGGACCUGAGUAUCCACUGGAGCAGGCAUCUCCGGCUCAUGAAGAUAUUAUCAGCAGCUCUGGAGCCCUAGGAAAGAUGGUUCUGAUAUUGUGAUCCCUUUCUUGCAUUGCAUGUGACAAGUGGUAAUUAAAUAUAACCCUAAAUAACAGUGCUACAGUAGCACCAACAAUUAUUCAAACAGUCUCCACAUAGUUUUAUAUUGCUGUUAAUUAGUUUCAGUUGUAUAAAAUAAAAAAUUAAUAAAAUAACCAGGUCCCUCUCUCAAGCUGAGGUUUUCUGCAUUAAGUGUUAAUACCCCUUGUAUUCCUUCUGAGGGAUACUCUUGCCUUGUGGACAUCUAAAAAGAUAAAUCAGUUGACAUGUAUUUUAUUAAAUUAUUGCAAUUAAUCAACAAUACCAGUUUAGCUAUGUCAUCUUAAUAAUUAUUAUUUAAUACAUUAAAUUAUUGAAUUACUUAUUUUACUGAGCUUCUUCAAUGUUAGUCAGAUGUUCUGUGUGGAGUUGAUACCCUGUUCACAGUCCUGCUUUCAACACGUUAUUCAUGUAUGUGGUAACUCUGAAUAAUUGUGGUCCCUUUUUUGUGAUUCAGAUUCUACUGGAUCUAAUUCCCGUAACAGUCAUUAAUGACCACUGAGACCAGACUGCCUUUAAACAACCGGUUUGCUGUCGAUAUGUGUGAGGUUAACAGUAUUAAACCUUUGGUAAAGUUUCUGUAUUCACUGUAAUGGGAGAAAUGAGCUUGUGUAUUAAGGUCUGGUUGUAAUGAAAUAGAACCACAAGGCUAAUAUUAUAAAUCUGGAUUCAAUGCUGGGGAAAAAAAUCACUGUCCAUUAGCACUGACAGCAUCUGCACACAACAGGCACAUUAUCACAGUGCUGUCAAGGGAAACCUGGGUGUUUGCUCUGCAGCAAACAAACCUUAUGCCUGGAUAAACACCCUGCUUGUAAGAACAUGUUUGUUUGCAGGGCAGAACUGACUGGAAAGGCCAGGGUGAAGUUCUCAAUCAUAUGUACUUGCAUGCAAGUUUCUAAAUAUUUAUAUGCACAGUAAAUAUGUGUAAUAAUUGAAAUACAACAACAAUUUUUUAAUGUAUAGUGCAUUUAGUGACCAGUUGGUUUAAUUUGUCUGAUUCAAGACAGUGGCACUUUUUGUUUUUUUCAAAUUUGGAAUUGCCAAUUGUUUUUUACCCCAUUUUCUCCCAAAUUUUGAAAUGCUCACUUUUUUAACCCCUGCUCUGACUCGGGAGGGACAAAGACGAGCACACGCAUCCUCCGAAACGUGUGUCGGCAGCCGUCCGCUUCUUUUCACUCUGCAGGCCCGCCAUACAGCUACCUUCAGAUCUGCAGCGGUAGAGGACCAUGCAUCCCUGGGCCUCUUGCAGGCAAGCCCACAGGCACCCGGACAGUCAACAGGGGUUGCUGGUGCACGAUGAGCCAAGGACACCCAGGCCGACCUAAGCCCUCCCCACAUCGGGCAGCGCUCAGCUAGUUGUGCGCCGCUCCCUGGGAACUUCCGUCCACGGCUGGCAGUGGAAUUGCCUCGACCCGAACCAGCAACCUCCAAGGUAUAGGUUGCAUCCUGCACUCCACGCGGAGUGCCUUUACUAGAUACGCCACUCGGGAGUGCAGUGGCACCAUUUUAAAAUUCAGCUGUCACCCUUUUUUGAUAAAACCAAAUCUAAUAUUAGUCUUGCUGUUGGCCAUUAUGCAUCAAUGUAUUCUAGUAUCUUUAAUUGUCAGUAUGGCUGGUUCUGUGCAUGUGUCUCAUCAGUUGCCUUGACCAAAAUAUUUAUUUUAAUCAGGCAUCAGCAACAAGUUUGUGAUCGUGGUGAAAGAACACAAGGUAUAGUUAUUUGCAUUCGGCUUUGACUGGUGUGUUUUCUUUCACGGGCUUCCAAUGCAAUGUGUUUCUAGGG